AUGGCAAAAUUAAUAAUUUUAUUUUUUAUUACUAAUUUUCAGAAGAAAGAAAAAAUAAAGACUAAAUCCAUAGAACAAGCUCUUCAACAUUUUGAUCAUUUUUAUUCUGGAAUAUUUAAAACAAAAUGGCCUUCAAUUCGAUUAGCAUUGCAAUGUCCUUCAAAAUACUGUGCUUUUGUGAAUGCUUUCAGUGAUGUUGAAAGCACAGUAAAAACACUUGAAGAAUAUGGUGCUAUAAACUUAAAUAAUAUAUAUAACAAAAAUGUACAAAAGUGUCAAAAAGAAUCAAAUAAACAAGAGAAUAAAGAAAUAAUCAGUUCUUCAGGAAACAUUAACAACCCAGAUGAAAUUUUAGCUGAAGAAACAGAUGAUUUUAUAGAAACUGAUAAUAAAACUGUUUAUUCACCAGAAGCAAGUUAUGUUGCUGAAGGAGAAUAUAUCCCAGCAACUAAAUUAAAAUAUGAAGAAGAAAUUAUUGAUGAAAAUGAGUAUUUUUCUUUUUUAAAAUCAGAUUUGAGUUCAACUAUAAAUUCUGAAAGAGAGAGAAAUACAAGCUUUCCCAAAUCUUGGAAUAUUUAUGUAUAUCCUAGAGGAAAUAUAGAGAACUUUCCUGCUCCCAAAAAGGAUUCAUUAGAACUUUUCAGCUAUUAUUUAAUGGAUGGAGCAUCAAUAUUACCCGUUCUAGCUUUAAAUCCUCAACCUGGAGAAUUAAUAGGUGAUUUCUGUGCAGCACCUGGAGGAAAGACACUGGCUAUAUUAUUUUCACUUCACUUUGGAAAAUUAAUAUGCAAUGACAUUAGCAAAAUUCGAUUAAAUCGACUUGUAUCAGUUUUAAAUCAAUAUAUUCCUUCACUUAAUAUCCUCAAUGAAAGAGUUGAAAUUACUAAUUUGGAUGCUAGGAAAGUAGUAGAUAAAAGUUUUGAUAAGAUAUUGCUUGAUGUACCAUGUACGAAUGAUCGACUUUCAGUCACUGAUGUUGACAAUAAUAUCUUCUCUUCAAGAAGAAUUACUGAAAGAAUAAAAAUGCCUCAGUUGCAGAUGGAAAUAUUAAGUGCUGGUUUACAAUCUCUGAGAGUUGAUGGAUCAGUUGUUUAUUCAACAUGUUCUUUAUCACCUAUUCAGAAUGAUGGAGUCAUUCAUAUGGCACUUUCUCAUUUUCAUGAAAAAACAAAUAAAGAAUUCAUUAUUAAAGAUUUAACUGAUACUUUCAAGCCUUUUAUCAAAGUAAUGAAAAUUUGGAACUGUAAAUAUGGAAAACUUAUAUUGCCAUUUCUUCCCUUAAAUUAUGGGCCAAUGUAUAUUUGUAAAAUAACUAGAAUUAAAUAAACUUUUUUUAUAUAGCUUA